GACAACGGACCAGCCUCUCAAAGAGGAAAUUUUUUUUUUAUUUAUGUAUAUACAUACAUAUAUAUAUUUAUAUUUAUUUAUUUAUAUAUAAAUAUUUUAUGUGUGUGUGUAUAUAUAUAUAUAUAUAUUUGUCUAAGUGCAUAUACUGAUAUAUAUAUAUUUAUUUAUAUAUAUAUAUAUAUAUAUAUAUACACACACUGUAUAUACAUAUAUAUAUAUGUUGUUUCCGUGCCAUUUCGUUAACCAUCCAUUCUUAUACCCUCCCGACAGCAUCAUCAUCAACAGGAACAGACAAUCGAUUGUCAAGUUUUUUCAGUGAGUUUCUAAGAUUCCAUUGGAGGAGCAAGGAGUAUCUACAUUGGAGUACAGAAGAAAGAUUUGAAAGAUAUUGCUAAACCAUCAUAAAAACCGAGAUAUACUUUUAUACUUUUAAAGAAGAUAUUACUGUUCCCUCCACCCAUUUUCUCACUAGUUUUGUGAAAUCUAGUAAAAAAAAAGUUGCAGCUUGUAAAUAUGACUUCAGUUAUUUACAUAACUUGUGUGUAACAGAACAGUGAAUUAGUUGCUUCCAAGCCACUACUUCAACCUGUGUAUUUUGGGGGGAUUGUGACAUUUAUCAUAUAUAUAUAUAUAUAUAUAUAUUCAUCAUUAGUUUUUCAGUUUCAUCAGUGGAAUUUCUACCAUGUACUCCAUGCAAUCUGUUUACUCCAUGAGCGAGCAAUUUAGCUGUGAUUCAUGUGAGAAAACCUUCCAGCUAUAUGACCAACUUAAGGCUCACAAGAGAUCUAUGCAUGCUGGUAGUGGUGAACAUAAAUCUUUCAUAUGUGAAUUCUGCCACAAGGAAUUCAGCCAGAUUUCGUCCUUGCGUAACCACGAACGCACACACACAGGUGAGAAACCAUUCCAGUGCCUGACUUGCAGUAAGUCAUUCAGCCAAAGGGGCAAUUUGAAACACCAUGAACGAAUACACACUGGUGAAAAACCAUUCACUUGCGAGAUGUGUGCAAAAGCCUUUAGCCAAGUGUCAAGUCUGCGCAACCAUGAGAGGACGCAUACAGGCGAGAAGCCUUUCACCUGUCCAACUUGUUCGAAAGAGUUUAGCCAGAAGGGAAAUCUGAAAAUACACGAGAGAACACACACUGGCGAGAAACCUUUCACUUGUUCCCUCUGUACCAAAUCUUUCAGCCAGAAAGGAAAUUUGAAAACACAUAUGCGCAACCAUGGAGAUAAAAAAGAAUUCAGCUGCUCCCUCUGUGGAAAAGUAUUCUCAUGUAAAUCAUUGCUGAAAUGCCAUGAAAAAGCACAUAAUGUGUCUGAGGCAGGUAGUAGUCAAGGAAUUGGCACAGCCAUGGGGCAAGAAGCAAUAGGGCUGGUCCCAAAUACCACAACUGCCAUUGAGGGCCCAGCAGGCUCCAUUGACCUUAGAAAGGACCUAUAUAACUAUCACAGCAACAACAGCAACAGCAACCAUAAUCACCCACAGCACACAUCAGCCACCACAAGUGUACAAGCUCAGCAGCCACACUUGUCACAACAGCUGCGCAAUCAAACCAACUUUGGUGCUAACUCCAGUGGAUUUGAUCCUAGGGAUCACCUAGCAGCCUCACAGUUAGAUUUAACCACUGAUAAUCGGCACACUCAAAACAACCGUGUCUAUGUGUAAGGAGCCAUACCCACCAAAGCUGCCAAAUAAACCAUCAUUUUAAUAAAAACGAACUCUCUUUGGACAACACUUUUACUAUUUUUAUUAUUGUCAAAAGUAAUUAUUAUUAUUGUUGAUAUUGGCAAGCAUCUAAGGACAGCACUCAGUUCUUAAAGAACUGAGUCCAUUUCAAUUCAUGCUUGGAACCACUAAAUGCUCUUGGCUAAAGCACAGACUCCAUAAGUUUCUAUUUCUUUCCUUCUCCAUAAAAAUAUUGUCUUCAUGCCAGUAUAAGAAACUAUUAUUAUUAUCAUCAUCAUCAUCGUCGUCAUCAUCAUCAUUAUCAUCAUCAUCAUCAUCAUCUGUUGUGAUUGCAAAGGCUAAGUAGGUGCAUUAUUGCAGUUCAGGCUUCUGGGAGCUGUAGAUCUAAAUUCUGCUACAAUCAUUGUGUUGUGUCCUUUGGGGUCAAGAUGUUUACUCAAUUACUUACCUCUAAAAACUAUGGGUCAAGAGGGUUUUUUUUUAACUCUUGCUUUUACUGAUAAGAUAUUGACUUCAGGAAAUGAGGUCAUAUCCUAUAAAUGUCAAUAUUGAUUUUAUAUAAUUCCAGGAUCAAGAGGCCAGAGUGGUUUAAAAAAUGUGCCACUAAGAUUUACCAGUCAAGUCUUUUUCUUUUCUCUUACAAAAAGGGCCUUGUAUUUAGAGAGAGAAGAAAUGAUCAUUAAGGUGGUGAGCUGGCUGAAUCAUUAGCACCUCGGCUAGAAUGCUUAACCAUAUUUCUUCCAGCUCCUCUACAUUCUGAGUUCAAAUUCUGCUGAGGCCAACUUUACUUUUCAUCCUUUUGCAGGUAAUAUAAUAAGGACCAGUUAUGUAUUGAGGUUGAUGUAAUCAAUUUGCCCCCUCCCUUCAAAAUUACUGGCCUUGUGCCAGAAUUAGAAUUACUAUUAUUGUUAUUAGGGUGAAUGAAUUGCCAGAAUCAGUUCAAAUCUCUUUGGGGUCAAAUUUGCUUUACAUUCUCCUUGGAUCAAUAAAAUAUAGUACCAGUUAGUUAAAUCAAAUUUACUCUUCCCUUAAUUUUAUGUCAUUUGCCAGUGUUGGGUGGCGAACUGGCAAAAUGCUUAGUGGUAUUUCACCUGUCUUUACAUUCUGACUUCAAAUUCCACCAAGGUUGACUUUGCCUUUCAUCCUUUCAGGGUUAAGACAUACCAGUUACGCACUGGGGUCGAUGUAAUCGACUUGAUCCCCUUCCCCAAGCAACCCUUGUGGCGAAAAUUUGAAAUAAUUGUUAUUAUUAUUACCAUUAUAAGGCGUUGAGCUGGCAGAAUCAGUAAGGAUGCCAGGCAAAAUGCUUUGUGGCAUUUUGUCUGUCUUUAUGUUCUGAGUUAAAAUUUCACUGAGGUCAACUUUGCCUUUGGGUUUAUGUAAUAAACCAAUAUUUAUAGCUAAUUAUAUAUGGCACUGAAUUGAAAUCAUACUAAGGCCAACUUUGUUUUUUAUUUUCAUGUGAAAAAUAAAGCACCGGUCAUGUAUCCAGUCAAUCUAACCAACUACAUCCUUACCUCAUUUGAUGUGUGCCUAUGUGAAAAAUCAAUUAUAUACACACAUCGCCACACACAUACUGGUAAAACUGUUCUCUGCAGAAAUUAAUGUUGGUCUGUGUUAGCAUAUAUUAGAUUAAAUGUUGAUAUAAAGUGUUCAUUUGAUUCCAUUGAACAUUGUUUCUUUCCCAAUUUUCCUGUCUUAUUUGUUAUUGCUCGGGACACAACACAAUGUGUCUGUAACAAAGUUUGAGCUCAGUCUCCUAAUACAAUAAUAAUAAUAAUAUCACCAUCAGCAGUUACAACAAAUUUUCUCUAUAAAUUUCACCUUCAGCCUUUAUCUAUUGUUUUUCCUGUUACCCAGCUUGAGGUGAAUACCUGUUACUGCAGAGGUCCACAUUGACACCAGCAUGAAGACUUAUAGUUCUCAAUUAGAAAGAUUUUUUUUUUAACAUUCUGUUCUAGUUUUAUCUUCCCUCUAACUCAAAUGAUAACUUAUAGUUAAUCCUGCUACAUAUCUUUCUUUCCAGUUAUAAACAAGAGAGGUGCUUGCAGAGAGCAUUUUGGUAAACUUUGCCUUUUUUCCUUUCAGGAUCAAUGAAAUAUGUACCAAUUGAUUUAUUUCAGCUUGCAAGUUCAUUUAAUGCAGGUGACAUCUUGAUGUUCACUAUCUUUUCUGUUAUUAAAUUGUAUGUCUAACUCUCAUUUAGUCCCUACUGACUAUCACUUGUACUCAUCACUAUAUUUGCUUUACAAGCAAUGCUCCUACCUCCAUUCAUUUUCACCUGUUGUCCACUACUAUCAGCUGCGGUAGUCUUUGUAUUUACUCACUAAUAGUUUCUGUAUUUUGCAUAUGGCUCUGAAUAGUUGCUGACCUGUUGCUGCAACAGUAGUGCUGAUCCUACUGGUCACUGAUGUUGUCAUCUCUGCAUCUGCUUAAAGUAUCAGCAGUAAGUGAAGAUCUUCAUCAGCUGAUCAUUAACUUUAAUGAUCUCUGUCAGUGCUGUCCACCACUCGUUUCUGAUAACAAACCAAGGGAUUUUUUAUUUUGUUGUUCGAACUGCAAGAAAUAGAAGCUAAAUAUCCCUCGAAUCACACUAUUAUGUCUUAAUGAGAUGAAAGAACUUGUUGGAUAGUGUCAUCUCUGAUACAUUCUCUGGAAUAAAGAUGAGGUGGUCAUAGCUUGAACACUUUUGGGCCAUAGGUCAGUCUGGUCAGUUAGAAAUGACCUUGGCUGAAAUAGCAGCAACCUCUGCUGAUCAUGUAACUGUUGCCUUAAACAAAUUUUUUCAAAUACAAGUAUAAUAUUUAUGUUACAAUUUUUUUAGUUAUAGCCUGGAGAUUAGUGGAGUGGCAGAGAUGGUACAGUGUUGAAGUGAACAAUUUGCAGUAUUCAGUUCUCUCCCUUAUGCUUUCUAUAUACUGGGUUUCAAACCUCGUUGCCUUUCAUUCCUCCAGGGUCAUACUGGGCUCAAUACACCUUGCCCCCACCCCUCCCCGAUAAAUUUGUGAAGCCAUCCUUAAUGUUAAAAAUCGUUAUUCUUUUUCUUCUCAGAAAUCUGACAUACUCUUCACAUCUCCAAUGUGCCUCAUUUCCCCUCAUCCCUGCAACCUUACACUCAAGUCCAUUGCAUGUUAUUGGCCAAUAUGGAGAGAGCAGGGGGAGAGAGAGAGAGAAAUCAGGUAUGCAUGUACACCUGUGUUUAAAAACUGGUUUUCUGAUCACUUCCUGCCAUAAUUUACUAUCCAAAUCUGAACAUGACUAUCACCAUUAAUCACUCUCUGGGGUGACUUCACUACUGCUACUUAUAUUAUUACUAUCCCCACCACCACUACCAACACAUUUAUUUCUACCACCCUCACUAAUAACUCUACCAUCUUCACUUUUUAUAACAGCACUAGUAUUGCUAUUUGCACUGUUUCUAAGCAAUAACCAUCACCACCACCAAUAUUGCCUACACUAUGCUAUAUACUCAUUUAUUCUGUUGCUAGGUAACUAACCACCACUAUCACACUACUCCAACCAUUGUUCACCUUAAACCCUCCACUAAACAUUACAUACCAAUAUUAUAUCUCUAUAUAUAUUUAUGAUUGCUGAAUUGUAGAAGAUUUAGUAGUUUUUUUUGUUUUUUUUUGCCUAGAAAUAAUGUUUUUCAAAUUUUUUUCUUUUUAAUUUUUUUUUUUUUUUUUUUUGCCCCAUCCUCAAUAAAAUGGUUAUUUACUUCAUUCUUUUCAUUAAUAAUAUCACUGAGGUUUCUCUCUUUAAUUACACCUCAAAUCACAUCUGCUGAAAUGAAUUUUUACAUUUUUUUUUUCUUUUUUUAAUAAAACACAUUGUCCUUAACUAAAAAAAACAAAAAAACUCCUGUAAUUUUUUAUAAAAUAUUCCAUGUAUUGA